AUGGUCAUGCUGGAUGAACAGACCAGUAUUGCCGCCUCAGUGAACAAAAACUGGAAUGGGCAAGUGCGCAGAGGCAUGGAUAUUACCAGACCAAAAUGUGGCAGCAACGACGAACUGGAUGGACUGCUGCAGGACUGGUCCACCCUGGACACUUGGGUGGGUUUGGUCGAUGCGGCAACCUGGGGAGGGCUUGAGGCUGGACUAGUGAGGGCCGUGACCCGACAGCUUGGCGACGCCGAGUUAGAGUCACUACCCGUGUUAGGAGAGAUGCCAACAGGGGAGGACGCAGACUCUUUGACGGAGAAAGCCCAGUGGUGGUUGGUGCUGAGCGCAAUUCGAGUCAAGUAUGGGGCACCCUCGUUGUUUGCAGCAGCUUCUUCCCACGCACCGAAGACACCUGUCAGCGGAGGAGUGGCUGCAGGUUCAAGUGGGACGAAGCUCAAGCUAAAGAUGAGUCAGAUCAUUGAGGGCACAAUUUGUUGUGACAGAGGGGGACAACCCACUCGAGAAGGAGGAGGUGACAGAUGGUCAAUUGAGCUGCCUAUACCACAAGCUGCAGUCUGGCCAACCUCCCUUUGUGGAUAUGGGAGUGUGGGGGACCACACGGACAGGAUAGCCCAUGCCAUGCGAUUCGUCUCACAGCAGUGGCGGGACGGGCAGUGGAAGGCAGUUGAAUUGCCCGGAGCAGCCAACUUGGAUGCAUGGGAGGAGUCGUGGAGGAUCUUUCGCACGGGGGCACUCAUGCUACAGUUGGCCACAGCUGCCACGUUGGACAGGUACGCCUCGGAGUUCAGGACACGGGCGGACAUCAGAUGCAGGACUGAGUUUUGGUCCCAGGAGAAGAGGAAGCAAGAGGCCUUCCACUCCACUCAUCCAGCCUUGUUUGCAUUCAUCCCAGGUCAGCCAUGGAACUCCGUGAUCCGGGCAAGCGCAUCACACUCCGAAUUUUGGUCAAGAGAGUUCGAGAAACCGGCAAUGCUCUAUGGUCCAAUGAAGCCCCAGCCAAAGAAGAAAGUCGGUGGAGCCUUUGAUCCACAACGGAAGGACGGCCAGUACUUCAGGAGCAAGGCUGGAAUCAACAUUUGCUACGCCUGGGCGGCAGACGGAUGCUCCAAUGAUCGUUGCGACAAGGGCCCUGGAUGGACCCCAGAGAAGAAAGAUAAGAGCAAAGGAAAGGGCAAGGGCCGGGGAGGGGGAAACCCCUCCAAAAGGCAGAAGCACAUGUGA